CAAGUGUGUAGGUUUUUCUAAGAAAGUUGAAUAUUUUAUACGCCGGGAUAACAUUCCGCACACAACAUAACCGCAUUUAUGGAAACGUGGCAACCCUGAUUCCAUUUUGGCCAACGUUCUUUCUUUCCUGAUUGCCAGUCGGCAUGUGCGCAUGCGCUUCACGCUUCCUGGAAUUUUUUUUUCAAACUUGCUUUAAUAAAAAACGGAAUGCCAAAGACGAACUGGCGCCGCAGCAAGUGCUCGGUCCACCUGCCCAGGAGCAAGUUGGUCGAAAUACGGCCCAAGAUGUCCGGCACUAGCGCUGAAGAAGGCCCAUCUUGUUCUGGAUCUGGACCCCGGAUGACUGUGGAGACUCUAUCACCCAGUCCCGCAAAGGGGGACUCGAAAGAAAUCUCGACUUGCGACGGGUGUCUUCACCCUCUGAAGGAAAAUACCAAGGCCAAUAAGGUAAAUGAGGCUGUAAAGGGUCCCAUUUUGCCACAAGGGCCUCAGGUUGGCCGCCUGCUAUCCGUUAGGGAGAGUUCGGCUAAGGUUUCGGAGUGGGAUGAGCGUCUACUGCCCUCCAGCCAGAUUCGCAACAAGGAGAACAAGGAGUAUCCCAAGAAGGGCCCCCUCUUGACCGGAACUAUGCCAAAGAAAAAGCUAAGCGGGGAGGGCCAAGGCUGGAAGGGCUUCUCGGAGGACGUGUCCCUCUACAAGAAUCUCAAUACCCCCAUGCAGCCCAGUAAGAGUGGUAUUGCCAUAUCAAGCGAUAAAGAUGAUUUGGCUAAUCGGAAAAAGGGAGCGAUUAAAAAGAAGACCCAAAUGUCGACUGGGAAUCCCCUAAAAAGGAGUCACGCCUCCACUAUUCCGCUUAAAAACGAUAAUCCCCGACAGGCAGAAAAUGGCACUUUCCUGGAGAAUAAGGAUGCUGUGAUAAAGGAGAAGCUUAAUGAUCCUAUGUGGUGCAACUUGAGCUCAGAGGAUUUUGUUUUCCAACACAAUCUGGACAAUAAGAUUUUGGUGAAGACAGUGAUGCCCAAGUUUCUAACCAAAUUGCAGCCGUCAACUAGUGCGGAUAUUCCGCAUGAAGAUCCAAAGAGUCUGCAGUCCCAAUGGAUUCCUCCGCAGACCAGUGAUGGGGACAUUCGCUCCUCUAAGAAUCAGGAUAAGGUGGCUAUGGAUACACUGAUGCCCAAGUUGGUUCAGCCUCCUCCCAUCUUGAACAAGCCCUCGGCUAAAAAUCCUGAUCCUCUGAGUGAAGACUUGAUUAUCAUUAUGAGCGACGACGAGGACUUGCCCAUUCGCGUCCCUAGUAAGGAAAAGUUCAGUCGGGAUCCCAUGUGGAGCUCCACCUUCAUUCGCUUGAAAGACAGUAAGAAGAAGGCCAAUGUGGUUGAGAAGCCAGUGGAGGAGAGCGUUUGGCACAAGGACAACCUGUGCGAGGUGUCCAUGCGGGAUAUCAUGGACCCAGAUGUUCCUCCCAGCACCAUGGAAGGCUUGCGGAGCGUCGAGGCGAUCUGCAUGCGGCUGAGGGGCAUCGAUGUGCCGGGCAACUUGGGCAUCCUGCAGGAAGCGCCCACAUUCGAGGAACUCUUUGAUGUCCUGAAUAUUUAA